AUUGGCUGAGUUCCAAAACAUGGGGCCGGCUCUACGCUGUGCGUUCUUGACUUUCUUAAGCCGGCCGCCGAAAGCUUUUAAAAAAAUCGAGAAACGGUGUACCUGAAAUCGCAGAACCAGAAACACCGAAACAGUCUCACUUAUCCUCGUGUUUCCAGGUGUAAAAAAGACUCGAAAGAAAUAUAGAGAAGAGAGAAAUUCAACUCAUUGAAAGCACGUUAGCAGACGAUCAAACGUCAUGCCUUGAACAUCGCUGAUCGUGUCUGGAGCUAUCGAAACUGGAGAAAAGUUUACAAACGGGGGCUGUGCACGGCUGGUGACCUGCUCGUACCUGUCAGGACAUUCAAAACAAGAUGUUGCCAGGUGCCAGCACACCUCAUGAUGCCAGAAGCAUCCAUUUUAGGAUUGUGAGACUGCUUAUUAGAAUAAAAUCAAUAGAUACACUGUCUCACUUGCACAAUUGCUAUCUGGCACCUAUAACAAACUGAUGCUGGACCUUUUGUGAACAUUCUUGAAGUGCUAGACAAGCAAUGGUUCGGCAUGAUCAGAUUCCGACCGUGUAAGCCUCGUGGCUUGUGCUAAAAGAAGGAAUAUGUAGGUCAUCUUGUAAUUAUUUGCCUUCUUUUUUUUCUUUUAGUUUGCCCUUAUCUCUUCUUCGAGUUUGACUGUUAUCAGUUGCAGCUUAGUAUGCGAUACCGAGUGCUGUUUGUUGCUGUCAAGAUCGAAAGGUGUGUAAGGACUCCUCCUCCCCGCCAGACCUCACACUGAGGCUGGGCAGGAGAGGGGUGGUAGUGGAUGUCAGCCCCUUGGCUGUUACGCACCUGGCUGAAACAAGUAAUACCAGCAACAAGAAAACCUGGUAGGCGCAAAACCAAGCUGUAAAUUUUUCCCCACCACUACUCCCGACGGCUUUUUGUUCUUUCCCCACCCAGCCAAUAUUGCUCACGUGCGGACCUAUGAGCUGCCACAAAUUAUAGGGGUCAGAAGUCAACGAUCAACCGUAGAGGUUGUGCGAGCAGUGAAGCUGAAGGAGGAGGUUGGAAAAAAAGGAAACGCGAGGAAGAGAUGAAACAUUUUCCAUUUUCAGCUGUGCUUGUGGGUGAUGUGUUUGUCAGGACUAGCCCAGCACUGAACCUAAGAUACGGACUCUUCAGCUUUGGAUAAUUGGAUUAACGUAUUCAUCUGCAGCUGCCUGGGUCGCUGUGAUCUGUGAUUUGAACUCUGUACUUUUCGGACACUGUUUAGCCACGACUCUCAAACAGAAUUUGCUGAAGAGUGUGUGUGGCUACGACUGUAAAACAGGAUUUGCUGAAGACUGUGCAUAGAAUCUUGACUGAAGAGGUAUUGGAAGAUCAAAAGAGGACGCGUUCUACCGGUUAUUUGUACACGUCUCAAUAAUGAUGGGGGCUCUGACUAUAAAGAGCACAGAUUUACUAAAUGGCUUUAUUCUGGAACACGAACAAAGAAAGUUUAUAUUCCUAGACAAGAACGUUAGAAAAAAUCUUCCUAUGAAUUACAGGGGACAAAUUCGCAAAGGAUGCGUCACCUUUUAGCAUCUUUUUGUCAGUUACUUUGUGCAUCUUUCGUGACUUCUAGCUGGUGAUUCAAGUGUUUGACCCUCUUAAAAGAAGGAAAUCCAGAGCUGGCGAGACACACAAGAAAAAUCUUUUUCUUACUUACUUUUCUGCUGCGACAGACUUAAGGACUGAAGGAGAUGAAAUAUGCUUGGUUUAUCGUUGUACAAAAGUAGAGAUAUAGGAACCUUAUGAUUCAGCACCAGAAAUCGCAGAGCGGGCAUGUUUUUCUGUUUCUCGACCAACGAAAAAAGCAGCUUACAUCUUCACAUCAUUUUUGGUGUACACCCUUCUUUUUUUUUUAAAGGCAGUCGGUCAAGCAUUGUUUUUUGCGAUCAACAUACCAGAAGGGCUGGUAUUGUUUUUCUUUUGACUGAUUUUGUCCGCAAAAAUCUUCUGUUCCGAAAUUUUACACAAGAAAACAAACUGGUGUUUCUAAAGUAGCACACUUUUUGCAAAUUUGCCAGCAACGAAUUUUUUUCGACCUGCUCGUUUUCAAAUUGCACAAACUCACAUAUCAUCUGAUGCAUUUUAAAGUCUUUAUUUCUACUGUCUACGUUGCUGCAUUCCUACCGUUUAUACGAGACCCGACGCAUUUUAUUUCAAAAGAGCCUUAUUCAGUGGAGGAGUAACCUCUGGUUUGUUGCAGUACUGUUCAAAAAAGGACUUUUUCUUUUCGUUGAUUGUUUAAGUUAUCGGUGUCAGCGCAAAAAGUGAGGUGGAAGUUACAGACAAUGUCUACGACGGAUCUGACUUCCGGUUCCUACUUCGUGGGGCGUCGCCUGUCGGGCAGCAGCAACAAGAUGAGUCUGAAGGACGAGGACAUGGAAAUCCUGGACUUCAACAUCAACGACAUCAGCCGGGCCUCCAGCCCCGCCAGCAUCAGUGCCAGGUCAGAAGGUCACAUGCACCGCGAGCGCCGCCACCAUCACCACCACCGACACUCCUUCCGCAGCGGCGGCGGCGGCAGCGGUGACGACGACUAUCGGCGACGCUACAACAAACUUAAGGCAGAGCUGGAAAUGGAGCGCAGCAAGGUCAAGGCUAUGACCAGGGAAAAGAUCGAGGAGAUGCGACACAUCCGUGAGUACUACGAGGACGAGCGACGGCAGGAGCAGGCCAAGCUGCUGAAGACCUUUGAGGACGACAAGCAGCGCGAGGUGAGUAAAGUGCGGGAGGAGCUGCUGAGGCAGAAGGACUACGAACUGCAGCAGGUCCUUAAGUACAAGGAGGACGAACUGCGCUACUACCGCUCCCACACGCCCAGUACCUCGGGCAGCCGCACACCCGUGUCCGAGAUGACCAAGACUACAGCGCCCUCUGCCACAGAGACCCCGCGGACCCCAAGGAAGCGAGACCGAGGGCAGGCACACGGGCGGGAAGUGGCGGGAGAACGCUCGCCAUCGCAGAGUCCCAGCCGCCAGACGACGUCAUCGUCGUCGUCGGAACAGCCGCUUCUUGCUCACGAUGCCGGCGGAGCUGGGAGAAGAGAUGCGUCGAUCUCCAGCGCUGCCUUAGAGAGAUCUCACACGCCGGGGCAGGAGGGUAGUCAGCGGGUCACUUCCGGGGGAGAGGAGGGACAUGGUGCCAAGAGCGGGGCGCUGCAUGCGCGAGUGCAGCAACUAGAAGAGGAGGUGCGGCGCGUAGCGGAGGAGCGCGACCGCCUGCGGGAGGAACAGCGGGGCACGCAGGAUGCAAGCCAGAGGCGGGAGGAGGAGCUAGUGCGCGUGAAGGAAGAGUACGAGCAGGAGCUGCGGCGCGUGAUCAGCGAGUACAAGAACGUGGCGCUGGGUAACCUCAAGAAGCUGCGCCUGGCCGAGCACGCUCUCCGCGAGGGCGCUAUCGGUGAGGAUGACGUCUUGCACUUGUCCUUGACCACAACCGCCACUACCCCGGAAGUUGUCGCCACCCGACGGCUGUUCUCUGCAUCGCAGUCUGAGGCUGGUCCGGAACCAGUAAAGCUGAGUAGCGCAAAACAACAACAACAACAACAACAACAACAACAACAACAACAACAACAACUGCAGCGACGGGGAGAGAAACCCACACAGAAGUUACAGAAGGGAGACAAUAUAUCAAAUAAGCAGAACUUGGAGCCAGGAGACGAGAGCAAGCGGGAGGAGCGGGAGAAGGAGCGGGGGUUGCAGAAACGGCUGGCGGACCUGCACACGCAGACGCAGCGCCUGGAGCGGAAGGUUAUGCUGCUGCGAAAUGAAAACGAGAUUCUGAAGAAAAAGCACGAGGAUCAAAAGCCGCUAGAGGAGAAGAUUAAAGUGCUGAAAAAGCGGAACGCGGAGCUGGCCUCCAUUGCUCGACGUCUGGAAGAUAAAGCCAAAACAUUGCAGCAAGAGAAUGCAAAGAACAGAACGAAGGCCAGAGACGAGGGCGGCGUGGUGUCGGACGGGGAGCACCUCAAGCGGAUGUUUGCCCGCCAGCGCGCCAAGGACCUGGCGGAACACGCCAAGAACAUGCUGGCCAAAGACUACGAGCUGGAACAGCUGCGUCGAAAGUGCCAGGAGCUGGCCGACCAGCUGAGCAACGGUGACAGCAUGGCGCCCGAGAAUGUCCAGAUGUACAGCGAAAAGGAGGAGCUAGUGAACAUCGUCAAGCAGGCGGCCAAGGAGCGACUGCAACUGGAGCAGCAACUCGCGCACAGCAGAGACAAAGAGAAACCAGCACAGCUGAAUGAGCAGGAACGGGAGCAGCAACGGCGAGAGUUGGAAGCAGCCAAUGAAAUUCUACACAAAGAGAUCGAAAAACUUGAGCAAGCACUUCAAGACAGCGAAAAUGUGAAAGAAAACCUGCAUCAGAAGAGCAGAGAAUGUGAGGUGUUAAGGAGAACCAUUGCUGAGCUUAAAGAACACAACAAAGAAUUAGAAGAGGAAUUACACAGCACAUCAGCUACAAAUACGCAGCUAGCAGUACAGCUUUCUGAACUCGAGGAAAAGGUCAAAGACUUUGACACAGAUGUUGGAUCGGUUUAAAGGGCCGAUGGACUUGCUGUCCGCGAGAAAGCCUUGCGUGCAACAGCGCCAGCGAGGCGAUCAGCGCAUGGCCAGACGGUCCCCGGAUGAUGAGGGAGGAUAGUGUGUCAUGUGUGUGUCCGUUGGCGUGUGGCAAUGUGAGGUGUGUCCGUCAAGACUGACUGGCACCUUCAGGGUACCUCAACACCACGCUGCUCCGCUACUUCUCGGCAAACUGAGACCUUGUAGUAACGGUGUCACUGGCGUCUACAGUUGCCUUCUAGCUCUUUAGCGUCACGUGACCCACACGUCUUUUGUCUUUAGAGUGCCGUGUGCAGAGCACGCGCAAACUUUGAGAGAGAGAGUGUAAAAACGGAAUGGCGAUGACUCAAUUGUAUGUUUUAUUGGUCUAUUUGAAUGUUUAUAGAAAUAUUUGUUUAAGCUACAUCCCUUGCUCCCUCCCCAGCCCUCUCCCCCACCGCGGUUUGUGAAGCAGUGACUUCAACAAUGGCCACGAUUUAUCGCAGAGAGCUGUCUGCUGUCUCGUAACAUUCUUCCCAUCAUGAAAACACCGCCCAGGGCUUCACACUUUUCACACACACAGUGGCACAGCUAGUUACCUUUUGGGUUUACACCUUUUUCUCUCAUCUUGCUUCAUAUAACCUGCGUCACAGCGGUAUAUUAAGUCUACUAUAUCUAGAAAAUCGCUGUCUUUCACUAUGGGUGGCCUUUGCUGAGUAUUAGAAGGUCUGACAGCGAGGUAUUUCAACCGCCAAGGAGCCGUCAAUAAAUGUUUGCUGCUCAUUACAAAGUAAACAUAU